CGGACGUGCAUCUUCUUAGUCGAUAGAAAAAAAUAAUUGAGAAAUUCGUUAGACUUAAACGAGUGGAAAUGUUCACAAAUUGGUUGACUUCAGAUAUUUCGAGUAAGUCAAGGAAUGAAACAAAUACAUCAGCACCAGAUUGUGUAAUUGAGGUUGGACCACCACCAUUUGCUCGAUUUCCAGCACAUUCAGCGAUUUUAUCAACACAAAGUGGAUAUUUUCGUGCUGCAGUUUUAAGGAUUAGUGAAAAUGGAAAGCAGUCAGAAAACUCAAUUUUUCUACCAAACAUAAGUGUUGAGCAUUUUACGCCGCUCUUGACAUACAUGUACACGGGAUAUUUAGAAUUAAAUUUCGAAAAUAUUUUUGGAGUAUUGCUUGCAACGCACUUACUUCAUAUGCCAAGAGCACUUGAGAUUUGUCGGGAAUUUUUAUCUCAAAAUCAGCAACGACAACAAAAUGAUUUUUUCGGACAAAAAAACUCAAAACUUGUUCGACCAAUUGCAAGUAAGCCUCCAUCAAAUUUUGGAUUGAAUUUUGUGUCACCGCCAAAAGCUCAAAGCAAUUUCUCGUUAACAAGUCAUGGAACUAAUUUUAAAAGUCUUUCAAUCGAACCGGAAAUACAAAAACCAGUAAGAAAACUCCCAGAUGAGGAAAAGGUGGCAAAAAAGAUUUUUAAGCCAUCAAUUCCUAGUCCAGUUCCACAAACAUCGACAAUUAAGAAUGAAAAUAGUGAUAAUAAAGUUGUGAUUGAUAUUGCAAGUUGUGAUGGACCAGUGAGAUUUCGUCGUGUAUUAAAUGAAGCUUAUGAGCAUAAUAAACAUCCAAAUACAAGUUCAACAAACAUAUCGACUGAAAAUGACCAAAGUGAUUUAAAGUAUCAAACGAAUGUGUCGUCAUUCCAUCAACAAAUGGUUAGGAAUAUUAAUGAACAGUACAAUAAACAAAAGGCAGUCAACAGUGGCGAGGAAUCUGAAAAUUCUCAGCAUUCAAUUGAGAUCUAUACAUGUAUUUACUGCAAUCAUACAUUCAAGUCGAAAUAUUGUUAUCAGAAGCAUGCAAAGCGUCACAUAAAUCCGUUAAAUCCACUUGGAAGAUGUAGACCAGAUGACUGUGAAUCUAGUGACGGCGAGGCAGCAAAACAACAGCAAGUUUGUGUUAAACGAGACACAAUUAAGCCAUUGGAUAUGAAUGUGCAGUAUUAUCCGUGCAAAAUUUGUGGAUGUAAAUUUCCAAGCUACUAUUUCGUACACAAACAUCGUAAAAUGUGCCAUCCUGAAGUUGAAGCUGAUGGAAAUGGAAAUUUGAUACAAAAUGCAAGCUCAUCUUUAUCAAAUUCAUCGUCGCAGAAUCAACAAAAUGAUAAUCAGAUAAAUGGAGAGGAAUGUUCGAACAAAGAGAUCGUCGGGAGGGAGUUGGCAGAUAAUUCAUAAGAUUGAUGUUAUUUAAAAGUUUUGUGAAUAAAGU